UUUAACUCGUGUUUAUUAUAGAAAGCUUUGGAUCUUAUUAAGUAUUUGCAGUUAACACCAUGGACGCAAUACACUUUGGAUACUAAUUUCUACAGCAAAUGCAAAAAAGAAAACAUGCUACCAUUAGCAUUGAAGUAAAAGAUGAAUUGGACCAUCAGUACGAUCAAGCUGUUCACAUAUUUUGGAAGUGUGUUAAAAAUAUGGUAUAGGUUGAUGCUUAUUUUUAAAGGCAGUAUUUAACAUAUAUUUGAUCUGUUCAUAACUAGCACCAAUAAUGGGACAGUGCUUCAGUGGCUCAGACAUAGAUACAUAUACUUCAACUGGAGUAGUAUCAGAAAAUAUAGUCGAUCUACAAAAGAUUGUUUCUGACUCUGCUUGGCAAAUGUAUAGCGAUUGCAGACAAAAAGAUUUUCCUAAGGCAAUGAAAAAUGUUCGAUUAGUUUUUGAUUGGAGGGGUGUUAAAUUCAUACCAGAGGAACCUGAAUAUUCGAAAGAAGAAACAAUUCAAUGUGAAUCAAAUAUUUUAUUUGAAUCAGUAUUUUGCAAUAACAGCAAUAAAGAGCAACAACAUUCAUUGAAGACUGAACAACAGACAACAGCAACUUGCAAGAGCUCAUUAACUAAAGGUUAUACAACCGGCUUCAAUGUUGGCUUGUCAUUGGCCUCUCCCGCCGCAAUAGUUGGAACAACCGCUGGUUUUUCUAAAGGUUUCUCUGUUGAAAAUGCGUUUGAAACUGAAGAUCAAAAAACGAUGACGUGGGCUGCAGAAGGUGUUUUGUUAGUUGAGAAGGAAUCCGAAGUAACUGCCAAACUUCAAAUUACAGAAAAGAAAAGCACUUAUUCCUUUACUACACGCGUUGCAGUAAAAGGAGCGGUACUAGUUGAGUUCUAUAAAAGAAAAAACAACGAAUAUCUAAUGCCUUAUAAAGCAGACAUGAGGACAAUUUUGGUUGAAAAACAAGAUAAAAUUAAAAGCGAAAAGGGCGAAAUUCUGGUAGAAGACAGAGAAGGGACAGCAUAUGUUAAACUUGAAGGGAAAUGUGUUUUCAAAUAUGGUAUAAAACAAGAAAUUAUUAUAAACCAGAAUGGUAAAAACAAACAAAUCAAGUCUUAAAACUUUGAACCACAGAAUAUAUGCAGGUUGUACUCUCUAAAACAAUAUCACAGCAAAUUUCAAAUUGAAAAAAUAACUGGGCUUUGUUGAAUAUUGAUAACGCUACAUAUAUAUACAUCCUUAACAAGUAUGCAAUUUAUAAUCACCUAGGUCUUGAAUAGCCACUAGCACACUCAAAUUAAUUAGCUGAAAACUAUUUUACAGCAUAGCAUUGGAAUGUUUUAAUUUUUUAUCAUAAAUAAUGUAUACUGUUUCAAAUAAUAAGUAACAAUAUGAUGA